AUGGCACAUGAUAUAUUGGCUGUCCCGAUAUCCACCGUUGCAUCGGAAUCCACUUUUAGCACGGGUGGAAGGAUUCUUGAUCCAUUUAGGUGUUCUUUAACUCCUAAAAUUGUUGAAGGAUUGAUUUAUGGUCAAGAUUGGCUUCGGGAAUCAAGGCAACCGCUAUGUGUUGAAGAGCUUCUUGAUGAAAUUGAAAACAUCAAAAAAGUUUCCAUUUCCUCAACCAUUCUAAUUCACACAAAACGAUGUGUUUUGUUCUUCUUCUCCAUUUCAUCUUCUUCACCCAAAACAAUUCAUUACCAAUUCAUUACCAAUUACCAAAUAAUUACCAAUCCAUUUCAUCUUUUUCAACACCCACUUAUCUGCAAAUUGUUGAAUCAUUACCAAUUCAUUACCACCACCUUACCUGCUUCAACAACACUAUACUUCAAGCCGUACAUUUCACCUCCUUCAACAAUAGCGACGCACCACCGGCAGCAACAGCAGAAAACGGCAGCGUUUCCGGUGGAUUUGAAUGGUAAUAGCAGUGAUUAUAGUAGUAGAAGGAGAAGAUUAGAGGUGAUGGUGGCGAGGGGGAUGUUGAAUUUACCAGUGGCAGCCACCGUCAACUGCGCCGACAACACGGGAGCCAAGAAUCUGUACAUCAUUUCUGUCAAGGGAAUCAAAGGUCGUCUCAAUCGUUUGCCUUCUGCUUGCGUUGGGGACAUGGUGAUGGCUACUGUUAAAAAAGGGAAGCCAGAUCUUAGGAAGAAGGUCAUGCAUGCUGUCAUGGUUAGGCAGAAUAAACCAGGGCUGAGUUGGCUCAGCAAUGACCGGAAUUGGAACCGGCGCUGCCACCGCUGCUGCUGCCAUAUUUGCACCGAGCUAGUCUUUUCUUGCUUUAGACGAUUAGAGAGACGGUGAGAAACGAUUGAGAAAAAAAGUCUAUGAAAAAUGGGUUGGAUAAUUAGUUUCUUUAGAUUAGGUUUAAUUAAGGUAUGAAAGGGAAAAUGGGUUUUGUUAAUCGGUAAUUUGAAAUAAAUUUUGGUGGUUUUCUAAAAAAAUGAAACUGAAGAAGAUGAUAGAAAAAUGACAAUUUUGUCAUCAAAGUUAUUGUAUUUUACCUUUUUUUAUUAAAUUACUCCCUCCGUUCUAAUAGAGUUGUCCACUUUGAGAAUUUUUUUUGUCCCAAAACACUUGUCCACUUUCAAAUAAUAACUAACUUUACACUUAAUUUUUCUAUAUUACCCCUAUUUAAAGGCCAUUAAUAAAAGUAAAUUAUAUGUGGACCCUACAUUAAAUAGGGGUAUGAUAAGAAAAAUAAGGAAAAUUUUACAAAAACUAUAAACAAUGAUUGCUUUUCUUAAACUGUGUGAUAAAGGCAAAAUGGACAACUCUAUUGGGACGGAGGGAGUAUAAUUUUAUAAAAACUAAGUCCUUAAGUUGGAUGCCACGUGGGCAUAAAUAAAUUGGAGGAAACGCCAUGUCAUCUUUUUCCGUUAAUUAACAGAGAGUGAAUUACACUUGCCAUUUUCCAUCCAUGUAAGGGCCUCAAAAUGUCAAAAAUGAAAGUAAAAGAACCCAUCCGUGACGAACUUUGGGAUAGAGGCUUACUGAGUCAAAAAUGUAAAGUAGAGGGGCCUUAGGAUGGGUUUGGCCUAUCCUUAAAAGAAAUCCGAGCUAACACAUUUGCUAUUAUCGUAUUCGCUAUUAUAUUUUUAAAAAUGUAAAAUUUAUAAUCUCUAUCUCUCUAUAUAAAUAUCCCAAAACUCUUCAGCUCUAUCCCAUGAUGCAGUCUCCUCAGUUGCAAGAGUUCGGUUCUGAUCCCUAGGGGUAACAUCGCGCAUAAAAUGUGGGCAAGAAGGCAAAGAUUGUUCUGAAGUAUGUUUACUGGAUGUCUCUAACUAGAGCCAGUGGUUAACGCAAAAUUGGCCAUCAAGGUGUUUGAUGUAAUGCUUAUGAGAGUGUAGUUUUCUCUAAACAAUGCAAAUUUUGUACAUUUCGCAGAGAAUUUAACGGCACAAUAUAAUGCAGUGCAUAUCUUAUUAUUGCAGAAAGCAUAUCUUGACGCAGGCAAAAGCAAAAUGACUACCAUGUUUAUGGCCAUGUCUGCCUUACAGAAAGUGUGAUUUGGCGAUCGCGUGCAGAGGAACUACCCUGUGCAUUGAGAUCCCAAAAGCUUCUGUAUUAUCUAUAUCCUGAGCUUUUACACCUGGUGGCAAUUCCCAAUCAAAGCUAUGCAGAAGUUGAGCUAAAGCAAGCUCAACAGUUGCUAUUCCAAAUGUGAUGGCUGGACAGCUUCGUCUACCAGCUCCAAACGGUAUCAGCUCAAACUCCUGCCCUUUGAAGUCUAUACUGCUGCCCAUAAAUCUUUCUGGUUUAAAUAUUUCUGGAUUCUCCCAUACUUCCGGGUCCCUCCCCAUUGCCCAUGCAUUCACAUAAAUCCGAGUUUUAGCAGGAAUGUCGUACCCAUCAAUGAUAACAUCUUCCAUUGACUCUCUUGGGAGCAAAACUGGGACAGGAGGAUGUAAACGGAAAACCUCUUUGAUUAUAGCUUUCAUAUAGUUAAGCUUAGGCAGAUCACUCUCUAGUACAACUCUUCUCUCACCAACAAUGUUCUGAAUUUCUGCUUGUGCUUUUGCCAUAGCUGUAGGAUUCAUGAUCAGCUCCGUCAUUGCCCAAUCAAGCGUUAUGAAAGUAGUAUCAGUUCCUGCUGCAAACAUAUCCUACAACGACAUAUAAAAUUAAUUUCUGGUGAAGUAAAUUUUAGGGAAUCAAGAAGUCUAUGCUUACCAAGAUUACUGCUUUGAUGUUAUCCAUGGUAAGAGGCAUAUCACUGGAACCGUUCUUCUGUAUAUCAAGUAAGACGUCUACAAGGUCCUUUCGUUCCUCUUGUUUUCCUUCCGAAUUUUGAUGUUCUUUUAUAACUUCAUCAAAGAACUCAUCAAACCGUCUGAAAGUAUGUAGGAGUCUUCUUUUCAUACCUGUUAAGCUAUGUACAAACUCCAUGGAUGGGAAAUAAUCUCCAAGACUGAAUCCUCCAAGCAGUGCCUGGUAAUCAUCAAGCAUCUUUUGGAAACCAUGCUGAUCAUACUCCCCUCCUUGUGAGAAGUCCCUUCCAAGUGCAACCCGGCAAAGGACAUCAUUAGCAUACAGCCCAACAAUUUUGCUUACGUUGGUGAUGCCAGAGGAAGAAGACUCUGCUAUCCGACUAACCAAACGAGCAACUUCUUCUUCCCUGACAUAGCUGAAUGAUAGGACUCGCUUAGCACUCAGCAGCUCAAGAAUGCAAAGUUUUCUUACAUUUCUCCAGUAGGCACCAUAUGGAGCAAAGGCAAUAUCUGAGCAAUCAUAGAACAAGUAUUUUGCUGAAAAGAGCUGAGGGCGGCUUGCGAGUACAAGAUCAUGGGUUUUGAGGACUUCCUUAGCCAAUCUAGCCGAUGAAAUCACCACGGUUGGGAUCUCACCAAGCUGUAAAAACAUGAUGGGACCAUAUUUUUGUGCUUGACUGUGGAGAGCUAUGUGAGGGUUGUGUAUACCUACCUGGUGAAGGUUGCCAAUGAUUGGUAACGUUUUAGGACUCGGUGGUAGAUUUUUCUUUCUCUGGUUUUUUUUCAGGACAAACUUCAUCAGAAGCGCUGCUAUAAAAAUGGAUGCAAAAGGCAAAAGUGGUUUGAAAGCUUCUAUCAGCCAUUGAAGGAAGAGAGCCAUUGGAGAACAAAAUCUAAGAUUCUACUAUAGGUAAGUACAUUCAGAUCUCUUUGCUAUCAGUAAUAAAGAGUAUUAGGAUCACUUACUAAAGAACUCAUGUUUGAGUAAUCUUUCUCCUUGAUUUUGUCAUAUUUAAAUAUCUUAUCUUCUCUUCUA